UAGAUUCUGACAUCGUCUCAAAUUGACCACACGCGGUGUUUGCGACCGAAAUAAGCAACGGUCACACUUGGUCACGUCGCUCACGUUUUCUAUUUACGCAGAAACGAAUAAAAAGCGCAUAAAAGUGCUGUUAAACAUAUAUGUUGUGUGCUCAUGUACUACGCAUAUCGCAGCGAAUAAAUUCAAGAGCGCGUCCACAAGGAACCAAGGCCAAGCAGCUACCUUGCCAUGGUAAAGAAGCGACAGGCGGACAGUCACGACCACGAUUGCUCAACGGAUUCCGGCAAUGAGGAUCUGCAUCAUCGGACAGCACUCGGCUCGCCCGGGCAGACGGAUGGCGCCACCCCCACCACCGCCAGCUGCCAGCACAUCAAGAAGGCGGUGGACGCGGCCCGACUCAGGCGUCUACUGAAGUCCACGGGUCUGCUCUACGAGUGCAGCCAAUGCCAGAAGCUGGGCAAGAUAGCGGACAGCGGAGCGGGAGCGGGAGAAGGAGCUGUCGGUUCUGGCGGAAAUGCGGUCGCCGUUGAAUUUGACAGCACCCUGUGGCUGUGCCUCAAGUGCGGCAGCCAGCUGUGCGGGAGGGCUCGCCACAAGCACGCCUUAGAACACUACCAGACACCUCAUUCGGACUCGCAUGCCCUGGCCAUGAACACGCGCUCCUUCGACAUCUGGUGCUAUGAGUGCGACAUGAAGAUCUGUUCCAAUCUGCGCAAGAACCUGCUUGAGUGCGUGGAGCUGGUCAAGAAGUUGGCCCAGAAGCCGCCCACUGCCACGGUCACGCCCAGUACGCCAACGAUAAGCUACAUCGAGCAGAAAAUUAAGUCCACGCUGGAGCACCUCACACCUAUAGUGCCAAUGACUGGCGGAUCAUUUGACGACUCCAGCGGUAGAGGGUCUCUGGCGGCGGGCGGGGGCGGGGUCGGCUUAUCUCGAAACAGGCAGGUGGCCAUACCGCUGCCACCACCGGAGCCUAGCUCCCUACUUUCAACCUCAGACUCGCUGACCAGUGUGCCGGGUAUGGCAAAGAGAAUUGACCAGUACUCUGCCACCACCAAUGGCAACACGGGGAACAGACGACUCCCGACCCUGGAGACGCCGCGCAUCGAAAACGAACGCCUGCCCCGCGUGCGCGGAUUGACCAACCUGGGCAAUACAUGCUUCUUUAAUGCGGUGAUGCAGUGCCUCGCCCAAACGCCGUUCCUUCUUAGCGUACUAAAAGAACUGUCGGAGCCAGGAGAAGAAUUUAUCUUACCUGGCGGAACCUUCACGAUAAAGGACAAGGGUGAUAUUGAGCUGCCGAUGAUCAAGGGUAUCCUCUCCUCGUGGGGCGGACUUACCGCCGCGUUAGCCAAUGCCCUUGAGGAACUGCAGGCUGGCGGUGGUGUAUUUACGCCCAGAAAGCUCUUUGACAGGCUGUGCGUAAAGUGUCCUCAGUUUACGGGCGGCGAUCAGCAUGAUGCUCACGAACUGCUGCGCCAGCUACUGGAGAGCGUGCGGAACGAGGACCUGAAGCGCUACCAGCGUGUAAUCCUGCAGAACCUCGGCUACAAGGAUCAGGAUGUAAAUAGUGUGUCAGAGGAGAUGCGACAGAAGUGCAAGAUCUAUGGCAAUCAAGCAGGAGACCGCAUCCUGCGACCGGAACAGGUAUUCCGUGGCUUCCUCGUGUCAACGCUCACCUGCCAGGAUUGCCACAACGUUUCCUCGCGGCACGAGUACUUCCUGGACAUGUCGCUGCCCGUGGCCGUAGAGAAGCCUCAGCCGCCGCAGCGCCGAAAACCAAGUCCGGAGCUCAGUCUUACGUCCAGCAGCUCCAACGUCACCCCGAGCACUAACCAGCCGACGAUAAACACCAAGUUUACGGAUGGCAGUGUCAACUUUACAGCCUCAUCUUCGUCCUUCUACCUGCACACCCGUGAGGCGGCAUCCCUGGGCCCAUCCAAGUCGCAGGUGAAGAAGGAGAAGGAGCGCCAGCGUAAGGCGAAGCGGGCGGCCAAGAAGCGCCACAAGACUAGCCUUAAUCUUAACGGAAAUGACAGCGGAAAUGGAAAUGAAUUGGCCGAGUCCGUAGAACAAAGCGGUGCUCUAUUGCCUUCCCUGGUUGACGGCGACGGCCAGGCCAACGAUGACCUUGAACAGACCAACGGCCAGACCGAGGACUCCACCUCCACCAGCGUGACUACGUCGGAGCACUCCGACGCCGAUGUUGAGGACAAUCUGGUGGAGGACACAGCCGCGCCGUCCACUACUAAUGUGUCGAGCAGUUCGGCAUCCAUGACAGCUCCCUCCAAGACCUACAUGGACAGCAAUGGCAAUGGCCAGCCGCCGGGCGAGAAGCGCGACGACACGCCGGAGCACAUGGACAAGGAUUCGAUCGAAGAGGACGAGAAUGACUCGGGAAUCGCCACCAGUCCAGCGCCAACUGCUACCAACAGCAGCACCAGCACCAGUGCCACAGGCAACAACAACUCUGUUGCCGAACCUGGUUUGUCUGGUUCAUCGGGCGCUCUGGAGGAUCCCUUGGCGCCAGCCAGCUUGGUCACUGCCGGACUCUCAGAGAAGGGUGCCUCGGUGAUACGCCAGGUCUCGGUGGGAGCUGAGCAGGGCGCGUCCAAUGGCAUUGCCGACGCGGAUGGAGAAGCCAAGGCAACCGAGCAGCCAGAGAAGACUCCUAGCCAGGCCCAGGCCAUGGCACAGGCCCAGGCCCGUACGAAGCGAGUGCGCACGCAGAGCUACUCGGACUGGAGCACCACGAUAGCGCCGCGCUACCAGUGCGAGGAUGGAGAGUGCUCCGUGCAGUCGUGCCUGAACAAUUUUACCGCUGUCGAGCUGAUGACGGGGCAGAACAAGGUGGGAUGCGACAGCUGCACGCAGCGCAUUAACGGCAGUGAUCCGAAGGCCAAGUCGGUGAACACCAAUGCCACGAAGCAGCUGCUGGUCUCCAGUCCGCCAGCGGUGCUCAUACUACACCUGAAGCGAUUCCAGCUGGGCCCGCGCUGCAUCUUUCGCAAGCUGACGCGCCCGGUUAGCUAUCCCAAUCUGCUGGACAUUGCCGCCUUCUGUGGGUCGAAGGUCAAGAAUCUGCCGAACAUCGAUCGCAAGCAGAAGAAGCUGUUGUACGCCCUAUACGGCGUGGUGGAGCACUCGGGCGGCAUGUACGGUGGCCACUACACGGCGUACGUGAAGGUGCGUCCAAAGGUGGCGCCGGGCGACAAACGCUGGAAGUUCCUGCCGCAUGGCAGCAAGGCGGAACUGGACCAGGACGAUGACCAGCUAAAGAAACUGGAGGAGCUGCUUGCCAAGGAGAAGGCGCGCGAGCAGCACCUGAAGACGUUGGACGACAGCGAUGACUUCAGCAACUCCAGCAGCAACUCGUCCACCUCCGACGAGAGCCAUGCCCCAGCCACGCCGCUCGAGGAGCAGCAGACGCAGCAAACGCAGCAGCUGGAGGAGGCUGCCAACGUUAGUGCGCCGCCUGGCAAAUGGUAUUACGUGUCCGACUCGCGUGUCCAGGAGGUUAGCGAGGAUACGGCGCUGAAGGCGCAGGCCUAUCUGCUUUUCUACGAACGCAUAUACUAGGGACUAGCAGGAGCUUUAAGCGGGACUGAGGAUGUGAGGCGCAUGCAAGAACAUUGGGAAUCCUAGAUUUGAUACAGACAGAGUGCCGGAGAAAGAGAAGGCAGAUACUCACACAUGCCAAAUGCAUUUGGUUUCUCCCACUCAAAAUUAAUUGUACACUUUCGCUAUUUUUUUUUUGUUUGGAACAAGCUUUAGUUAGUUAAAUGAAACGAAGGAGGAAACACACGCGCUCAUUUUAAAUUGUAGUUCUCAGGAGUUUGGCUUUUGUGUUCUCGAUUUAAUUGUACUAUUUUUUUAGUGGAUAACAAAAAGACACUGAAAGGAAAUUAGCAUGUUUUAUUAGCUGUAAGUUCUUUUGGUACCAACAUUGCCCAUUGCUAUGACAGAACGUUACUUAAACUACUCACAUCGGAGAAUUGAGAAUUUGGGAGACAAGAAUAGGCGCUGAAUGGAUCGGAGGGAGCGGAGGAAACCACCGCAGAAUGGAUGCAUGGAUAGCUAAAAACGGAAAAGCACAAAUGAAAUGGAAGGGUUAAACCACGAGGGGAACUAUUUGCAGAUGUUCAUAAGUUAUGAUAACGAAUACAAAUGAAAUAAAAACCAAUUGCUCGCUUCUGCCAAUAUA